CGCGAUAAACGGGAAGGUCACUCGCUCCGUUCAGCCGCCAUGAUGCUGACUCACAUCAAAUGGCAGUCUGUGGCGGUUGGCCAGUGAGGUCACCCGUCACAUGCUGCUCUGCAGUCGCCGUGAUUGUGAAUAGUGAAAGUUCUCCGAAUCCAGUUGAACAAAUAUCGUCGCAUGUUCAUUCUUGCGGCGGCACGAAUAAGUGACUGUUGUUUUUGCUGUAGUUUUCUCUUCUCGGACUCCGCUAACGUCUUCGACAAUUAUAGCAUGUUAAAAUAACUUUUCUUUUCCUUUCUUCGCUUUGAAUUUGAAUGUAUUGUUCAGCGAAAUUAGAAUUUUUGGACUUGUUUGCGUCUCUUCUUGAGCGUUUCUGACACUAUAUGCACUAUGGCAUCCCGCCAAGUAGGAAGUGGCCGCGGAAUUCGGCCAAAUCCAACUGAACGGCCUCCUGAUCGCCAAGAACCAAGCGGUUCUCAGAGCCAGACUUCUCAGACUCGAGCCCGAGAUAAUCAGGCUACUACCCAGCGAGUUUCUACGUUGCCACUGGCACCUUCCCGUGGCGAUCGAGUGUCUGUGGUGGAGCAGUACAGUCGCAGGAAUCGUCCCCAUGGCUCUCCAGGGGGCUCUUCCGAUUCGGGGUCUCAGAAAGCCCCGUCUCCAUCAGAACGCACCCGCUUGUCCUCGAUGGAACGUGCCCGACAUCGAGCUGCUCAUCUCCGGGGUAAUCAGUCGCCGGAAGGAGAGGAAGCGUACACGCGGGAACCAGUGCGGCCUCUGCAUCGACAGGAAGGUUUUGCUGCUCGUACAGAACUCGUUCCUCGUGGACGCUUUGGCGGAGCGGGCAUUUCCGAAGAAAAUCUCCGGACUCGUCCGGAUAAGUUCAAAAACCAGAAAGCUGGAUCACGAGAUGAGGGCGUGAGCGUGAAGUUGCUGGCUAACUAUGUCAGCCUCGACAGCAAAUGGGACACUUUUGUUGUGUUGUUCGAUGUCCAGUUCGAGCCGGCAGUGUUGGAUGGCCGUCGUCGGCGGGAGUACGUUAAGAAGCUGAUGCAGGAAAACCGUGUUGAUGAGGUAUCGUACGCCUACAACCGACAAGCCGGAUUACUGCUGCAAGGUUUGGCGGCCAAUCGGAUUGGCGAGUCUGUGGAGAAAAGUUUCGCAAUCAAUGGAGGACAUGAAAAAUGCCGAAUUGCGCGAGCUCGGGUGAUCAAUCAGAAUGACCCGGAAAUUCUGUUUGUUUUGAAUAACUUCAAAAAUCGCUGGUUGGAUGAAAACUUGAAUCUUUCAAUGAUCAAUCGUUGCCACUACGAUCCACAGAAGAAAAUACUGGUCAGCGACGGCACCGUUCGGGUUACCCUAUGGCCAGGAUUUGCGACUGCCAUUGGAUUCCAUGACCACGGCAUUUUGUUGAACAUCGACAACCGAUUCAAAGUUAUUCGGGAAGUUACAAUGUUUGAGCUUAUUGACGACGGGUUCCGUCGAUUUCGCGGAAGCAGACAAGAAGUUGAGCAAAUGGUAUCGGAAGAGAUCGUCGGAAGCAUAGUCAUCACCCAGUACGCUGAUAAGCCUCGUACUUACCGAGUGACAGGUGUUGACUGGGGUUUGGAACCGGCUACUGCUACGUUCGAAAAGAAUGGUCAAAAAAUUUCAUUGGCAAAUUACUUCCGCGAACAAUAUAACGUAACGCUUCGGCAAACACACCAGCCAAUCCUGCUGGCAGAGGAGUCUGGAGCGGCUCGUUUUCGCGUUCAGGGAAAGGAACGCAAGGUUAUGUUGGUGCCAGAGCUCUGCAAACCGACGGGGCUUACGAACGCCAUGCGUGACAACUUCAGGUUCAUGAAAGAGAUGAGUAAUCACACACUGCAGGCGCCAGUCGAUCGAAUGCGCACCCUCUUUGACUUUAUGGAUCGACUGCUAAGGAACCCCGAUGUAAACAAGUUCGUCCAAAGUUGGGGAAUAGACUUCGGUGAGGACUUGCUGGGUGUGCGUGGUCGUCAGCUCAGACCAGCUGCCUUACUGCAAGGGGCAAAAAAGGUGACAUACGACGCGAAAAUAGCGGAUUGGCAGAAGGAUAUUCGGGCAUCCAAGUUUCACACCCCACCGAAGGUGAUGCCUGCCAACGAAGUCAUACUUGUGUAUCCGCGACGCUUCGAACACGGAGCUAGAGGGCUCUUUCAGUCCCUCUGCGAGGUUGGAAGUCCUAUGGGAUUACGAUUUGGGCAGCCAGCCACGUACACUUAUGAAUAUGAUCGGGAUAUUUUAGAGAUUUUGCGGAAAUAUGUGAGAAAAACCGCUGAACUGGUUAUCGUAAUUUUGCCAAGCAAAACAAAGACCAGAUACGACGAUGUGAAACUAUUUCUUUGCCGAGAACUUCCAGCGGUCUCUCAGUGCGUUGUACAAAAGACGCUGGAGAAGCAGGCGAUGCUGAAAAGUGUGGCGACCAAGAUUGCCAUUCAGAUUGGUGCCAAACUGGCUGGAGCGCCAUGGGCGCUGGAUAUGAAUCGCUUUGCAAUGAAACACAAUAUUAUGUGUGUUGGUGUGGACACGUUCCACGAUUCCGGGAGCAGGGGUGCUUCGAGAUCUGCAGUUGCUGUCGUUGGUACUUUGAAUAAUGCCAGUACGCGUUUCAGCAGUACAGUGUUUUUCCAGUCAUCUCGACAGGAAAUCAGUGACGAUUUGGCGAAUGCUGUAAAGAAACUCUUGGAUCAUUACAAUUUGGCUGAGAAGGGUUUCCCGGGACACGUGAUGUUCUACCGUGAUGGAGUUGGAGCUGGGCAGCUGGAGACAGUGUACAGAAACGAAGUCCAAGCUGUCGUGAAAGCGAUUAGAGAGAAAAGUCCGCAAGCAAAAGUGACCUUUGUCGUUGUGACCAAGCGUCACAAUACCAGAUUUGUUGUGGACACAGAUGACCAGAGGAUGCCGUUCGUGAAUCCUUUGCCGGGAACGGUCGUGGAUAGUGCUAUCACGAAACCUAAUCGGAUGGACUUCUAUCUUGUGGCACAGACGGUGCGCCAGGGUACGGUGGCACCAACGUACUACCAUUGCUUGUUCGACGAUUCUAUGCUGAGUAUCGAUCAACUGCAGCAGUUUACAUACGCUCAGUGCUGCAUGUACUUCAAUUGGUCGGGAACUGUCAAAGUGCCGGCGCCCUGUCAGUACGCCCACAAACUGGCUUUUUUGGUGGGGCAGAGCAUUCAUGAUGUUCCACAUCAGGAUUUGGAACAGUUCUUGUAUUACUUGUAAAUGGAAGUGUCGGCUUUGGAAAGGAAGGCUUAGGCAUUAAAAGCGAAAAUUGUGUACGUCGUUGAUUGUUACUUUAUAAUUGUUAUCACUUCUGUUGUUAAUUUUAGCGCCAUUCGGUGUAAAUAAUUUUUGGUGCACCGUUGUUAAGGAUUUUAUCGUGUCAUAGAGUUUUUUGUCAUAGAUAUCGGUGAACUCUGCGAUAGUGGCAGAUAAUUUUUGUGAGAGAAGGUUAUUGCUUCAUACGUACGGUCUUUUUGUUUGAAAUGUGAAAAUGGGACAUUACUAUUUUGGUAGUAAUUUUUGAUGAUUAAAAUGGAAGUGCCGUUAACGCGGUUUGAAAGGGUUAAGCAUUUUAGUUUUAUUUUGUGUAUUUUCGUAUCGCAUG